CUUCGCUCGCGGAGGCGUGCGGACGUGCCUCGUGGCCCGCUGUCGAUUGCGUCUACGAUUUUCGAAGUUCGAAGUGUCAGUGACGAUAGUGUAGUGAGUGUCACAGCUGGAUUUUUAUUCAAAGAUUCCAUCAUCAUCCCAAAAAAGUGACAGUGCAGUGAAAAAUGUUGGUGUGUAGUGACCUGUGGUAGUGACUAAACCGUUAGUGAUAAAUUGACAAAUAUGCAGUCAAGAUGAAGUUGUGGAAGAGCCUCAAGAUAUCUAUAGGAAGUAGGAGUGAUCCAAAAACAUUUUCACAAGACUUGCCGCAGUGGGGUGGACAGGGGUAUGAAUUGGACGUAUUCAAAUCCCAGACCUCGCUGUCGACGGAUUCUGGCCUCUGCACCGAGAGGGGAUUGCGGCGAACACACAUAGAACUUGUUAAACCUCCUGGUAAACGCAUAGGACUUAAACUGGCAGGUCGAUCAGAGCCCGGCAUAGUUCCGUCCAUCGUGGGCUUUACAAAAGACUCCGUGGCCCAGGAGUCAGAUCGCCUCGCUCCUGGAGACAGGAUCUGCAGCGUCAACGGCAUCUCUACCGCAAGACUGACCAACGAUGAGGUCCUCAGGCUCCUGGACAAUGUGGAAGAAAGAGCUUCAUUGGAAGUGGAGUACUACAUGCCUAAUUAUGCGUCCCAAAACUCCCUGUACAUCACGACCAAGUUAGCAGAGGUUCCCGUGGAGAAGAUCAACGGCUCCCUGGGGAUCACCAUUCGCGGAGGCCUCCCGGAGAACUCUGCCCCCACAGCAGACCUGGUCCUCAACAGCAGAUCCCUGGACGCGCAGCCUUUAGUCGUGACUCACGUGAGGCCGGGUGGCGCGGCCUAUAACACCUCUAGAAUAAAACCGGGAGAUAGGUUGCUGAAAGUUGAUCAUAUAUCCCUCACAAACAAAACGCUAUCAGAUGUCCAUCAAAUCCUGCAGAAUUGUCCACAAAUCACCAGCCUUACUAUAGAAUACGAUGUCUCCAUAAUGGAGUCAGUGAAGUUAGCCACUGGUCCCUUACUGAUAGAGAUCGAGAGGCCUUGUAACGAAGACCUGGGGUUGUUUCUGACCAAUCAGAGGUAUUCUGAUGAUGUGUACAGUUCUGGAUCCGAAACGUACCAGAGAGUGGGGAGCUGUAAUGCUAUUUACAUUGAUAGUAUUUUGCCGGCUAGUAUAAGUGACAGAUGUGGAGCGUUACAUCCUGGAGAUCAGCUUUUGGCGUUCGACGACCACGUGAUCGAAGGCAAUAGCUAUACUGCUGAAGAAGUGAUGUGUUAUUUGGAGAAUAGUGAAGGUGGCUUCACCAGGUUACAUGUGGCGCCGAGACACGUCAUUGGUCAAGUCGGCAGGUACACAAGAGAGAAUUCGAUAUCAGGUAGUUCGACGUUGAAUGCGAAGAAACACCGACAGAGAAACUACAGGCAAAGUUCGAUGCCGAAACUAGGCUUACAGGAGGAUUAUGAUCAACAAAACUACAUGAGUAUGGGCGUGUGUAGGACGGAAUCCUUGAAUAUCCAACUGGAAGUACCCCCAGGGCAGAGCAGCGGCCUCGCGGUUCAUGAGGAGAAUGCUGUGUUGGUCAUUUCUCAUGUGGCUGCUCAAUCGCCUGCUUAUAGAUCCGGGUGCCUUCAAACAAGGGACCGGGUCAUGUCAAUCAAUGGCCACGAGAACCUAACAGUAGACGUCGCUAAUGAAAUCCUGCAAAGGAGAAACGACUCGCAUAACCUCAAAUAUCUGACGUUGAACGUGGAGUUCAGUAUGCCGAAUACGAUAGAAGCGUCGUGUGGAGUUUUUAAUGUUAAAUUAGCUAAAACCAACGCAGGGCUUGGAGUUACAAUCACAGGAUGCAAGCAGAAACUGCUAAGCAAUGAGGAACCCAUGGUGAUAUCAGACAUUAAGCCAGGAUCGGUUGCACAUCGGAGCGGAGCGCUGGCUCCAGGAGACCAACUCCUGGCUAUCAACGGACAGCCUUUGCACAAUUUGUCUUUGGACACAGCUUUCAAUAUUCUUCAAAACUCGCCCGAUGACAUAAUAACCCUAAAAGUUCGCAAGCGAGACCUAACAGACGACUGGGCGAGUGCUCAUAAACACAACGCAAAAUUGACCCUGCAAAGUUUUAGCAACAUAGAAAUAAAGGCCGUGGUACACAGCGGGGAAGAUUCGGGCCAUCACACAGAUAGUCCUAAUAACAGUGCUAAGGAAAGCGAAAGGAGUCAUGGUAGCAAUGAAAAUGGUAAUACGGCGGUAUUUACAGUGGAGUUAAUAAAGCAAGAAAAUGGGCCCUUGGGCCUGACGAUUGCAGGCAGCGAGGAUAUAACUCAGCCUGUGUUGGUGAGCGGGCUUGUUGAAGGCGGAGUAGCGGAAAAAUGCGGUAAACUGGCGAUCGGCGACGAAUUGCUAAGUAUCAACGGAGAGAGCGUGUUGAGUAAACCCUUGUCAGAAGCAAUCAAACUAUUACAGCACAGCGGGCAAAGGGUCCAACUUCAACUUUGUCGGAAAGUUACAGGUUCCAUUGAAAGCGCUGAAUGUAGUGCAAGGGAUUCGAGUCAUUCCACAUCAAGUCCAGGUCUUUCCAAUGACAGUGCCGUUGAGUCCUGGGAUCAAAACACACCUGUCCGAACCAGUGCCAAUUGUGUUUACGUUAUAGGUAAUCCUGAAGUCAUCGAAUAUGCCGUACCGGAUAAAACGAGAAUGAUGGACAAACAACCAUAUUCCCCGACAGAUGAAGAUAAAUUGAUGGCUUCAAACUUUAAUUCGGCUGCUCCGUACAGCGUUAACGACCUCCCCUUGCCAAAUUAUUCCUUAAACAAUUCUCUUAAGACGUUUCAUUACGAAAACACGUGUAUCAUUCCUGAAAAUACUUUGAAAAACAAACAGAAUAUAACGAGGGAGGAUGAUGUGCAGCAAAUUGAAAUUUUGACGACAAACAUGAAAGAUUGUCAGAUACACAACAUGGAGAGGUCGUCAUGUAAAUGUGAUUACGUUGCUAUGGGCCCGUACGGAAUGGUGUCACCAAAGAUAAGAAGGCCGACAUGGGAUAAUGAUUACCUAAAUAAUGGUAUUUACACUGUGACAACACCACAGAAGUCACCCCUUAAAUCUAAUAUGGCAGGGACGAGUUUUCAAUUCUCUACGAGUCCUAUUUACGAAAACGAUGUGCCAGGACUUUACAACAGCGAAGCAGCGUCUCCAGCUAGGGGGUCAAUCCACCACGUGAUUUUAUACAAAGAUGCUAUAUACGAUGACUACGGUUUCUCAGUAUCAGAUGGUCUUUACGAACGGGGGGUCUACAUAAAUAGGAUCAGGAAAGGGGGCCCCGCAGAUAUCGUGGGGUUGCUGAGGCCUUACGAUAGGAUACUACAGGUGAACGGUACAAGGACUGUGGACUAUGACUGCUGCCUGACCGUACCAUUAAUAGCGUCAGCUGGGGAACGACUGGAAAUCAUAGUACAAAGGCUUGCAACCUCCAGAGACCUCAAAAAUAGACUAGAUGACAGCUCAAGCCCAAAUGACAGCAAUAUUGUGACAAAGACUAUUUAGUGUACAACCCGCCUCUAAAGAAAAUACGCCAAAGACUUAAUAGUUUCAUUAAAGUGUUUAACUAAAUAGUAAGUACAUAAUGUUAUAUGCGAGCUAUUGUAAAUAGUUAAAUGAUUAUGAAUACUUAAUACUGAUACGACUAAUAAAUGAUAUUAUAAACUCUUUGCUUAUUAAUAAAUUGUUUUCAUUUAUAUUAUAAUACAAAAACCAGUUUUUUUUUAUAUAGUUAAAUUUUAUAAGUAGUAUCAGUAUUUACUUCAACAAGAAUGGUGCAGAGUUAUUUAGAGUAGUAGAUUGUUAAAAUAAUUGGUGGGAAAUUAACGAUAAGUAUGCGAAAAAUGUGCAUUAAUGAAGUAAAUUGGUUACAAUUUGUUAGGUAUACCUAGUAUAAGUAAUUUUUAUUACAUGUUUUUUUUUUCCAUCAAAAGUUGUUGAUAAAUUAAAAUUAUUAGUUAAAUUAAUUUGAAAACUCAUAUUAUCUCAAUAAAUUAAAUAUUUAUAAAUAAUUUGAUUGGAAAAUUAAAAGAGCUAUUCUGUCAUCAGUCUCAGUUAAAUUGAAUGAAAAGUACAUAUAUUUGUAGCAAUUAGGCAAAAACAAAUUUAUUAAAAAUGAUACAUAAAUUUCUAAUUUUACUAACUAAAAUCGUAAAAAGUUAUUGGUUAGAAAUUACUAUUUAAACCAAAGAUAUUUAAAAUAUUGUUAAAUGUAGAAUAAAUUUUAAGUGUUUUUUUUUAUUACUAAUCCCAAAACGUGCCUACAUCUUGAGCAAAUAAUACAGAUUAGAUUUUGGUUUUGAUGCAAACUAUUGCAUGAAUAUACUUGACAGUAUAGAAAUGACUAUUAUUAGAAUUGUACUUAUAAAGUUUAACCUAAUUAAUAAAGACUUUUGUUUUUUUUGUUUUUUGUUUUGAUUUUUGUGUAAAGUCUCUUAUAUACCUUGAUAUUCAAAUAUGAAGGUAUAUAAGUGACUUUACACAAAAAGGUAGGUACUAUGGUGUAACAAUUUUCUUGCUCAUUUGUAUUACAGAUGAGCAUAAUACGUCGUAAGCGAUUGCCCCUCAAAAGGUACCAUAAGGGUGGGUUGCACCGUCAGUUUUGACGUUAACUUUAACGUGCGCAGUUAGAUUAUAAAAUAAAAUAAUGACAACAGAAAUUAUUUCAAAAUUGUCAAAGCUUUGUAUUAUUUAACUAACACUUACAUGACUGUAGUAUUUUAUUUGACAUACUCUAGCUUAGUAUUUUAAGAGAAAAUAUGAAUAAUUAAGCUUAUUUUCUUUCUAUUUUUGAAUACACAAUACUCAUAAUAUCAAAAGUCACGGGCAAACUACUGCCAUAUUACUUUUGUAAAUUAGAAUCAGUUGAACCAGCGACCGCUUUUCGGUUGGACGUCUGCCAGGAACAUUUUCUCAAACUACCCACUUUCUUUAUUCCGCAGUCUCGCUGUGUUUCGACUUAAAUGUGUAUUUAUGUUGAUCACUGUAAUAACAUCACACCAUGUCGAGUGCACAAAUUCAGAUUUUUUUCGUUUUAUUCUUUGAAAACUAGUUUAGUGUCAUGGCCUCGUAUCCAUUCGAUAGUAUUGCUGCUGAAUCGUGUUGUAAAAUAACAUAACGAUUUGAACGAUUUUGAAAUUCACAAUUUCAUAAUACAUACCGUGUAUUAAAUGUAAAUAAUAAUUGAAUAAGCAUUAUUAAGGAGUUUUACUGUUGUUGAAAUCAGACUGAUAGCAGAUUUAAAUAGUCUAGUAAUUGUGUAAAAUAAAUAAUAUCUAGAUGUAUGUUUUAAUAACUAAAUUAAACUUUUGUCAAAACUUACAUCCAUAUUAAACACAGAAUCAAAUGUAAAAGAAAUUAAAAACUUAUUUGUGUAAAUAAUUAAAAAGUAAGUUUAUUGAACGAUAUUUUUUAUUUAUAAUCUUCAAUGAAUAUAAGCAUACAUUGAUUUGGUGGUUUUGAUAAGCAAAAUAGAAAAAAAGAACUAAUAUAAUGAGUGUAAUAAAUAGAUAAUUAGUUUGCUGUAGAUAGAUGAUAAAUACAAAUAAAAAAUUUGCAUUUCGAUCCAGUUCUGAUAUAUUACAUACAAUGUUAUUAAGAACAAUAUUUGACGAGAUCAGAUUUACUUUAAAUAUGAAGAGCUUAUUUUAUUCAAUAUAUAUUUGUAUUUACUUUCGUAGUUUUAAAAAAAUCUUUGAUUUUACGUGAGUUCAAAAAUUUUUACGAAAAAUUAUACAUUUCCAUCUGUAUGUUCAGAAACAGAAAAUAAUUGUUUUGCGUACUAAAACCAAAUAUGUUUUGUACAAGAUUUCAUUAUAUAAACCCAAUAAUAAACAGAACGCUGUAUCCAUGUAUGUUUUAGUAAUUAUUAAUGAUAUUUGCCCAUAUUUAUAUGUAGAAAUUAGUUAGUAAUUUUUUACAUUUUAUUUUUGUACCCUUAGUUGUAAGGAUAAUUUAUAUUAUUGUCAAUUAAUGUGUAUUAAUUGAGAGUAGCGGAGAGCAUAGCUGCCACAAUCGAGUUAAUAAAAUAUGCGUGAUUGUAAUGACGAA